AUGAUUGAACCCAGGGGCGUGCUGCCGGAAGGGGGAGAAGGCGGAGAGAGCAUCGAGCUUGGGCAGCGGCGCAGCGAGGCGCGCAUCGGGUGUGGUUUCCUGCCGUAUUUCCUCCUUUGCCUCCUAGUCGCAGGGCUGCCAUGUGCGGCCUCCGUCGUUCUUUGGUCCGACAUGGGCUUUGGCCAGGAGGUGUACACGUACUUCUUUGGUGGCACAGCGCACGGGGCGAUCUACGCUGGACUAGCAUCUCUGCUGCUGCUGUGCCUGUACCUAUUGGACUUCUUUUGGCCACCCCACCUCGAAGGCCAAUACUUCGUGCUAUGCGACAAGGACAUGUUCGUUGGGAGGGCCAUUUUGGGCGUCGCGGGCAUGCUGUUGUUCGCCGCAGCACUAAAUCUGGCGGAGACGUAUCCAGCAGUACCCAUCCAGUGCACGGUUCUGCUGGGCCCAUUGCUGACCACGGUGGUGCGGGCCUUGACGCGGCCUCUGCCAGAGGAGGCUGAGCCGGUCUUCAACCAAGUAGGGCACGUGCACAGCAUGAGGAUGCUGAAGAUGCAGCGCUACGUUGGCUCGGAGAGGGAUGCUACGGCCUUCUAUGCUGGUAGCAUGACGGCUUUUUUUCUACUUGGGAUUCUGACCUUGGCCGUCUGGCUCGUGUGGGCGCUCAACGAGAACAUCGAUUUUAGCGACGUCACUUUCGGUGAUGCCGAGUCGGAGCUGACGUACAUUCGUUGGGUCUCGCCCGUAGCAGUGGGCUUGGCGUACCUGAUGUUCGGCUUAAUUGUGUCUCUGCGAGUAGGUCUGGCGAAAAGCUACAACCAUGGCGACAUGUUGCUCCAGAUGGUGACUGAAAGUGACCAGGUCACAGCACCGGGCUCGGUACAUGCAUGGGCAGGGGAACCGGGCCUUCGUUCGUUCGUUCUGUUCCCUACUGUUCAGAUGAGCAACGGGCGCAAGCGGGACGCCUGGAAGCUUGCACGGUGCUUGAGCAGCUCUCGGCUGUUGCUGCUUCUGCAGAGGUCAGUGCGGCGCAAGACACUGGUGGGCCUCGUUUCACAGCAGAUCGAGGAUGAGGACUGCAAGUCAUGGAUCUCAGACGCAAUGGUCAUAAUCGUCGCAGCGCAGCGCCGGCCGUGGCGUGGCGGCUUUUGUCGAUUCUCUGAGUGCGGCUUAAGGCUGGCUUUCGACAAGCUGAGUUGGGGGCUUGCUCAGCCUUUGUUGCCGGUGGGUCCCACGUUCUAA